GGCCAUACAGCCGAUGUCCGCUGUUGUUGGCUGGUGUUCAUUCAUGAUUAAAAAACAAAAAAUUUAAUCUGCAAAAAAGCUGCUCAUUGGCAUCCGGUCGUCAUAUCACGGCAAGAGGUGUGUCUACUGGCUGCUUUAUUGUUGUUUGGAUGUGGACGUUGGAUUCUUUGUAAUAUGUAUCUCGUUGACAAGUUGGACUUUCCAAAUGAGUUCCGGAUUGUACACUACUAGCACUAAUAACCUUGACUUUUUACGCCAAUUUCGACCGUUCUUUUACCUACAAUUCUGUCUUUCUGACCUCUAUACUUUGUGUUUACGAAUACACUUUUACGAUUAAAGCGCACCCUCCUGCAUAUAACCGAAUAACGCAUUAUGUCGGAUACUCAUUCCAGUGACGAGCGAAACCCAAAGAAAAUCAAAAUGACUAAAGGUAUGCAGUUAUUUCGAGGAAUCAAGAGAACUAUGGCUACCUUGGCUCAAGGAGGACCGAUUCAAGUCGGUGCCACCGUGCCCAGUGUGACUUUCAAGUGCCGAGUGCGUGAUGCCGAGUUGAAGGCUAAGGGAGAGGAGAACCCCUUCGCGUGGAAGGAUGUGACUUCAGAGGAUCUUUUCAAGGGAAAGCGAAGCGUUAUCUUCUGCCUUCCCGGGGCUUUUACGCCCACUUGUUCAUCCACACAUGUCCCCGGCUAUGAGAAGAAAUACGAAGAGCUAAAGGCUGCUGGCAUUGAUGAAGUAUAUUGCUUUUCGGUCAACGAUGCUUUUGUUAUGAGACAGUGGGGUCUAAAGCUGGGCCUAACUGAGGACAUGGAAACAGGUAACUUCAAGAAUGUCAAGCUCAUUCCCGAUGGAGCGGCUCUAUUCACCCGUGGUAUGGGACUCAACUGUGUGUGGGAAGUUGAGAGAGGUUUCGGAGAACGUUCAUGGAGAUACAGUGCACUGAUUAACGACAUGAAGGUCGAGGCUAUCAACAUCGAACCCGGUUUCGUGAACAGUGAAGAAACUCGUGACUUUGGCCCUGAUCCUUUCGAGGUCUCAGAUGCCGACACAAUGCUUAAGACCAUCAAUGCUCUUAAGGAGGAGUAAAUGGCGCAGUGUACGCUUGAAUGUGUAACGUGCGCAUGCGUGGUGAAUACACCACUUUACUGAAAGGUUCCGUUGAACCAAUGAUUAUCAGAAAUUGUUCGAGCGUUGCCUAGUACUUAUAUCCGGCGCUCUGUCUCUGUAGUCCGGCUGCUAUUUAUGUAUACGGGAUGAUAAGUGCCUUGGGAAUAGAAAUAGAGGAAACAGUAUCUCUUUCUACGAUCGUGGACUGUACUAAAUAAAUCAGUCUGUUUUUGACAGGCAAUCAACUUAUAGAAGUAUCGAUUUUGUUAAUCCGGUAGGAUGUGUGUAAUGCACCAUAAGUUACUACUAAUGACGGCGUAAAGGUUUGUUGCCCAAAAGAAUAUUUAAAAUGAUUACUAUUUCGGACAAAUGGA